AUGGACAUGGGGCUUCAAAGCGGGAAAGAGAGAAGGAUGAAACUAUGGCUCCGAAGUUCUGGUGCUCCGCGGAGUCAGUCUCAUCUCACCACCAGAGUUGCCGGAACUCAUGGAUAUUUAGCUCCAGAAUAUGCAUUGUAUGGACAGUUGACAGAGAAGACUGAUGUUUAUAGUUUUGGUAUUGUUAUACUUGAGAUUAUGACUGGAAAAAAGGCUAUAGAUACAUCAGGUUCUUCGGAGGUGGUUUUGAUUACUGAUUGGGUUUGGAAGUUGAUUAAGGUGGGGAAGGCUGAGAAGGUUUUGGAUGAGUGUUUGGUUGAGAAUGGGGUGAAUCCGAAAGGGAUUAUGGUGAGGUUCUUGAUGGUUGGAGUUCUUUGUGCUCAUGUUAUGGUUGCUUUGAGACCUACCAUUGCUGAUGCUUUGAGGAUGUUGGAAGGAGAUAUUGAUGUUCCUGCUUUGCUUGAUCGACCGUUGGGGAAUACUUUCACUGCUUUGGAGAUAUAUUGAUGUAUUAUUGUAGGGAGUUUCUGGUGGGAGUUACCAAAUUGAUUCAGGUUGUGGAUCCAUUAUUAGAAAGGCAUACGGAUUUGGCAACCCAUUGAUUCAUGAUUUUUUGGGAAAAAAAAAUAAAAAAGAAGAAGAAAGGCCCAUAUAUAUAUAUAUAUAUGGUGUCUUAAAAAAACCAAAAACAAAAAAACAAAACGUAUUCAAUUGAAAAAUUUUAUAUUUUGUUUGGCCUCGGAUGUCAUCAACCACUUACCCUAAUAUUUUUUUUCAUAGAUUACGUCAAAGGCCACCACAACUUCAUUAUUGUUGAUUCUGAUCCCAAGCAUUAUACGCAUAUGUAGAUGUGUUU